AGCUGCGCAGGAGCUGGGUACUAGACACAUUGAUAACUUUACUACAAGAUAUUGAUUGCUUCACAGAUGACAGCUUCCCUUCAGUUAAUUGCUGUUUGAACUUUGAAGUCUGUCCAACUUUUACCUGUAAAUCGCUUUAGAAGAUAUGAAUUUCUUAUCCUUUAAUACUUUUAAGCUGAGAACUAACAUACAAAAAUAUUAGUAAAGGCAUGAAUUCUACGUUGGUGGACGAAGAUGAUGACGAUAAAGUUCCUGGGAAGUACAUCUUUGUGGGUGCUGUACUGGCAAUUAGUGGAAAUUUACUUAUUAGUAUUUCCAUGAAUUUGCAGAAAUACUCUCACAAUCAGAUUGCAACUACCGACGACUCGGAUGGGAAAGCAUAUUUGAGAAGCAAAGUUUGGUGGUUUGGUAUUGUUUUAAUGGUAUUUGGUGAAAUUGGAAAUUUUUCUGCUUAUGGUUUUGCACCCGCUUCGCUUGUAGCUCCUCUUGGAACAACUACUGUUAUAGCCAAUGCAAUUAUUGCUGUUGUUUUUUUGGGUGAGAAUUUCAGACUUCAAGAUCUAUUUGGCAUAUCAAUGGCUGUUGUGGGCGCGUUUCUAUUGGUAACAUUUUCAACCAAGGAAACUAGUGAACCCACAGCCAAACAGUUGAUGUCAUAUGUGAGGCAGUGGUCAUUUGUUUUGUAUAUUUUCCUUGAAAUAGUGUUAUUUUGUGGACUGCUGUAUUUUCAAAAACGAUACUGCAUUGAGAAUGUGUUCAUUUCUCUUUUGCUGGUUGCUAUACUAGGUUCUGUUACUGUAAUUUGUGCCAAGGGAGUAUCUUCAAUGAUCAAUCUUACUUUUUCUGGUAUGAAUCAAUUGAGCCACCCACUACCUUAUAUCAUGUUUAUUUUAAUGGUCAUCACUUCUGUGGCCCAAGUAAGAUUUUUAAACGUGGCCAUGAAGCAUUAUGACGCUACAGUUGUGGUUCCAACAAACUUUGUCUUUUUUACUAUAAGUGCCAUUCUUUCUGGUAUUAUGUUUUACAGAGAAUUCUAUGGACUGUCAUUCUUAGUAAUCUUCAUGUUCCUUUUUGGCUGUUUCUUAUCCUUUGUUGGUGUGUAUUGUAUAACUAGCCAUCGAGAUGAAGUAUCUGAAGAUACAACAGAUAAAAAGAAUGGUAUAAUGACAGCUGGAUUUUUAACAUCUACAUCAAAGUUAUGCAACAUUCAACCAGUUUCUCCUACAUCGCCUGAAAAUCCCUCCGGAAAAGGCGCAAAUGAACUAACCAGAUUACAGGAAAGGACGAAAUGAGGUUGCAUUUUUAUGUUUACUUUUUUUGGUUUCUUUCAAACUAUAAUUCUAACAAUACCGUCGCGUCUUUUAAUUAUGACAUAAAAGUUGUAGGAUACUUGUUCUUGUCUUAGAUACAGAACAAAAGUCUUACAGAGGAUCUCCAUUGGCAGAAAUAUUCACUAAAUGUUAAUGUCGCGCUAUGUCAAAAUUUGAAUUCAAAAAUAUUCGAAAAAGUCAAUUUUAAUCAUUGCCACAUUUAACCUGUUGACGAAAAGUUAAAUUUGUUUAAAAACUUUACGAAAAAUUAAAUAAACAAAAAUAUGUAUCUAUUACGUUAGUUAAAUUAUAUCAGCAAUGAAUGAAGUUCAAAGUUUACAAUAUUUUUAGAAUUCUGUUGUGGAGAUUCGUCAGUCGUGACGUAUUUUGUCUGGUCAAGGUCGUUCUAAUAUAGUUUAAUAUUAGGGAUGAAAUCCGUUACUAUGGCCAACCCACAUAUCCGAGUUUAAAAACUUGUCUAAUUAUGCUUACUAGCAACGAUAGAAUAAAAUCCUUUAUUGUAUUUUGUAAAUAUAUACCAUUGAACAACGUACAGUUACGUUUUAGCUCAUAAAUUCUUUAUUUAUUAUGUAAAAAAUACAUUUAUUUAAGUGAGUAAACUCUGUACUUUUAACAAAGAUUUUGCUAUGAGUAUGGGUAUAAAGUUUGCGAUUGUGGUUUUAUGAGUGAAAAUCACUCGAGCUUAAAAGCAUAUGUUUAUGUCUCACCCACAUCUUUUCAUUGAAAUUAAAUGUUUAUGUCCCACCUAGAUUUCUCCAUUAAACUUUUUUGUCUAAGUUCACCUGGUGCCUUACCUUAAAUGUAAAUUUCUUAAUGCACUCGUAAAUGCAAAUUUCCUCUGUGUUUUUCAAUGUAAAUGCCAUCUGUGCUUAAGUUGCGUUGAACAAAUAGCGAAAAAUGAUUUUCAAUCUAUCGUAUUUAAUUUUUUUGCGUUGUCACCAAGCGAAUCUAAAGCUGAAAUCAACACUUAAGACGAAAUGACAUAAAAACGACCUCUUUAUUUUAUCAAGUAUCUCGUUUCCUGCUCUCAAAAGCAAUUUACAUAAUAAUAUGAAUGCAAAUCUUAUGUUUAUUCUUAUAUGCAUCAUUGUGUACAAACUCCGGUGUAUUUCGUCGUGUUUUUCCUUGGUUGUUCGCUAUUGUCUUGAUAAAGAUUGCUCCUCUGAACAUUUACUUGAGAUUCUUUAUCUUGAGUUGGUUCGUGAAUGAAAGGAAUGUACGGCAUUUUAGUUUACAUACUAUUCUGCUGUUUUAAUGAAUCAUUUUGUUGAGAUGAAACAAAAGAAACGACAAGAACAACGCUCUCCGGAAUAUGACUCAUUCCAUGAUAAACGUAGAUUGCUUUCGUAUUGGAAAUCAUUAGAGUCUCCUCCUACAGUUUCUGAGGAAAGUUUACAAGUCGACGACAUUAAAGAUGAUCUUUUGGUUGAAUUAAGAAAAUGCGUGUCAGAGUUGGAAAGUUUGGAUUCGGGAAUAUCAGGAACAGAACAUGGUGAAAUUAUUUCAUUGCAAUAUGAACAAAUUAGCCUUAUUGACCAGCUCAAAAGUUAUUCAGCGCUUACUUCUUUGGAAACGUUGGAUUUGAAUCAUAAUGUUAAUGGAAAGAAUGAUUCUUUGACUAAGCAAAGUGAAAGAGACGCAAUAAUUAAGGAAAACGAAAAACUUCUUCAACAAAUAAAAAAACAAGAGAAAGAGUACAAGACUACGAGGGACGAACAACAAAGAGAUAUUGAAAAACUAACUAGGGAAGUACAAAACUUCAAUAUCCCGAAGAAAACUUGAACGUGAAUUAACUCAACUUAAGAAACAAAAGACAGAUAACGAAGCAACAAUAGUUUCUUUACAAAAGGAAAUAAAAGUAAUAACAGAAUCACACAAAGCUGAAAUUCUGAAACUGAGUAAGAUUAACGAGCAAGUAACGCAAGAAAAUAGUGAACUUGCUGAGAAAGGCAAGGAAGCAACUGAAGGCCUGAAAAUUGCUCUUCAUCAGUUGUCUGAGGAAAAGAAAAUGAUACAAGGGCAAAAAAAAUCUUGGAAAAAUAUUCGAGAGAUGGAGCUUGCCAUUGACAGAGUUAAAAAGGAACGCGAGGCGUUUAGACAACGAUGUGAGAAAACGAACUCGUGCAUGGAAAACUGCAGGUUGAAUUAUCUACUCUUAAAAAUGAAUUGGAAUUGAAAAACAGAAAACUGGCACGAAUUUCUUCAAGAGAGUUUGUAGAUAGUGAAGAUGGACUUGCGGAGAAAUCCAAAGAAAGUAGCAGAAUUGCUCAACUCAAGAAAUACGUUCAUGUUUUAGAAGAAAGCAAUAAAGAAAAGAAUGAAACAAUCUUAACUCUUAGAAAAGAAAAUGCUCGAGCGAAUGAUAUCACUAUGGAAAAAUCUUUAGAACUUUCAAAGACUCGUCGAAUUUUAGAGCGGAAAAUUGAAAAAUUAACAAAUGAAAAUUCAGACCUCAAAAGGAAUAUUGUUAUCAGGUCGAAUUAUAGUCGUAAGAGUCAAAAUACUCCGGAAGCUAAGGAAGGUUUGUUGACACAAAAACAAGACAAGCCUUUUGAUGAAGAAAACCGUCGGCUUUCUAACCCGGAACAUUGGGCAAUUGAGGAAGCUGAACGGCAACAUCGAGAGAAAAAUCAGAUUCCCUCGUCCGAGCUAAAGACAACGGCAGGCGACGCUUUGGAAACAGGUAAGCCUAAAGAAGUUCCACCGAGAAAAAGAAACACUGGGAAGUUCAUUAGAGAAGGUUUCAUACGACACAGUGCUGACUUAGGAAAAUUGAUGUCUAGAAGUGAACCGUUUAUUCAUCGUAAAUUAAACAGUGACGUCAUACAUGAUGAGAAACCAGCGACAAUAUUUGUAAACAAAUUCCGCAAGAAGAGCGAGGAUGAAGAACAUUGGGUUUGAUGAUCAAUCGUUUUCGUGUAACACCAAUUUGGAAACUUGUAAUUAACAUUAUUUUCAUAAUAACGCUUAUUUAAACUUAUAUAUAAAACCAAUUACUUCAUAUUAUAUUAUUUAAUCUUAAUUUCAUUUCACCAGAAAAUCAACUGUUAUAAUCAUCACAUAAAUGAAUUUUCAGUCAA